UUUCUUAUUCUUUAAGCUUAAGUCAACAGGUGAGUCGGGUGGUUCGGUUGAAAAGGUUGUUCCUUUUUCGGUUAAGCUAGGGAAAUUUAGGAACACCGAUGUUGGAGAAGGAAGUCAUAUCAACAGUGACAUUGGUACUAGCAGCAUUAUAGAUGAAAGGAGGUGUUUUUCAAUGGGUUCAUAUGAGUAUAUAAUGGACGAAGAAACCGCUCUUGAAGUUCAUGUUUCAACCAAGAAAGUAUCAAGCAAGAACCGUCACUUGCCUGGCCACAGGACCGCUAUGUCCGAAUGCAGUUUUGAUCCAAGUGGGAGAUUGAAGUUUAGUGGGAGCGGUUCGAUGAGGAUCAUGGAAGAAACGACCGAGAAGAGUGUAGUUGAAAGAGAGAGCUUUUCGGUAUCGAAAAUUUGGCUUAGGGGUAAGAAAGAGAGACAUGGUAAGGUUCAAGGAAAAGAGGAUAGUUCAUUGGUUUCGUCGUCCUCGGGAAGAGCAUUCUCUUUCGAGUUUGAUAACCCGAAAGAGAAUGCGAAAAAGGAUAGCGAAGAGAAUCAAAAGGUCGAAAAUGCAUCAUCUUUGGAGGUGAAGACACCAUCUUUUGCUAGGAGGACUAUGCUUUGGCUUGCAGGGAGACAAAACAAGAUAAGAAGUGGGUGUGGUGGUAAGACAGUUGCAUUGAAUUGAGGCAAUUCUUCAUACGACAAAAGAGUGACAUUUUGAGUCAUGUGAUACGUUCUACAUUAAAAAUGUGGGUGUGUAUGUAUAUACGUAUAUAUAUUUUAAUGUUGUGUGAAUAAGGUUUUACAUUAAUUGGUGAAUUAAUAAUGGCCAUGGAAGCAGUUGGGUUACAUGCCCACUAGUCACUUGGUCUUUAUUGCGUGACAACACAUGCUAGUUUUAUA